CACCGGGCGGCGCCGGCGGCUCCAGACUGGAACAGCUUUGUCACUCGGACCAACACUUGUGGGGAGCUGCGUUCUGCUCACGUGGGACAAGAGGUCACACUGUAUGGAUGGGUUCAGUAUCAAAGACAAGGCCUGUUCCUGGUUUUGAGGGAUUUCCAGGGGCUGACCCAGAUCAUCAUUCCACAGGAUGAGGCACAUUCCCAUGUGAAGGAGCUCUUGUCUAAUGCCCCAGUGGAGUCUGUUGUGCGAGUGACUGGAAUUGUGUCCCCUCGGCCGCCGGGGCAGGAGAAUCCGAAAAUGCCUACAGGGGAUAUUGAAGUGAAGGCAGAGACUGCAGAGAUCCUAAACUCUUGCAAGAAGCUACCUUUUGAAAUCAAGGAUUUUAUCAAGAAAUCAGAGGCCUUACGGAUGCAGUAUCGCUACUUGGACUUGAGAAGCUUCCAGCUGCAGCACAACCUGAGGCUGAGGUCACAGAUGGUGAUGAGGAUGAGGGAAUAUCUGUGUAACCUCCAUGGGUUCGUGGAUGUGGAAACUCCAACCCUCUUCAAAAGAACCCCAGGGGGAGCAAAAGAAUUCCUUGUGCCCUCGAGGGAAGUGGGCAAGUUCUACUCUCUGCCUCAGAGUCCUCAGCAGUUCAAGCAGCUCCUCAUGGUUGGAGGCCUGGACAGGUACUUCCAGGUUGCUCGUUGCUACCGAGAUGAAGGUUCCCGGCCUGACAGGCAGCCUGAAUUCACCCAGAUAGAUAUAGAGAUGUCAUUUGUAGAUCAGUGUGGGAUCCAGAGACUCGUAGAGGGCCUCCUGCAAUAUUCCUGGCCUGAGGGAAGAGGCUCUAUUACAACUCCUUUCCCUUCCAUGACAUAUGAGGAGGCACUGGCUGACUAUGGGAGUGAUAAACCAGACACUCGUUUUGGGAUGAAGAUAGUGGAUAUUGGUGACUUGUUAAGAAGGUCAGACAUCCAGUUUGUGCAGAAGGCACUCAGUUACCCAUGUGGUGCUGUCAAAGCCUUUUGUAUCCCUCAGGGAAUGAGAUAUCUUAAAAAUAAAGAUUUGGAGUCCUUAAAGGAGUCUGCAAAAUCCCAGUUUAACCAGGAAAUCAUGGAAAUCAUCUGCAGACCUGAUGGAAGCUUGAAGUCUCUGCUUACAAAGUUUCUUGGUGAGAAGCAGCAGUCUGAGCUCAUCCAAGCACUGAACAUGCAGGUGGAUGAUGUGGUGCUGCUGGCAGCUGGUGAAUGCAAGCAAGUGUGCUCUGCUUUAGGAAGCCUGAGGUUGGAGAGUGCUGACCUCCUUGAGGCAGCUGGGCUGGUACUUCGUGAUCCUGCAGCUUUUCACUUCCUGUGGGUGGUGGAUUUCCCCCUUUUCCUUCCCAGGGAAAACAAUCCCACUCAACUGGAAUCUGCUCAUCACCCCUUCACUGCCCCUCAUCCUUCAGAUACCAGUCUCCUCUAUUCAGAUCCUGCAAAGGUCCGUAGCCAACACUAUGACCUUGUGCUGAAUGGCAGUGAAGUUGGAGGUGGCUCCAUCAGAAUUCAUAGUGCAGAACUGCAGCGUUUUGUGCUGGAGAAUGUGCUGAAGGAGGAUUCUGAGGUGCUUUCCCACCUGCUUGAGGCUUUGGAGUUUGGAGCUCCACCUCAUGGAGGAAUCGCUUUAGGACUUGACAGGCUGAUCUCUCUCAUCGUUGACGCUCCGAGUAUCCGAGAUGUCAUUGCCUUUCCUAAAUCCUUCAGGGGACGGGACCUGAUGGGCAGUGCUCCAGACUAUGUCACUCCAGAAGAACUAGAGCCAUAUCACAUCCAGGUUUCCUGGCCACUUGCAGAAAAAGAGGCAAAACAAAACUGUCUUAAAGCCAGUGAUGUCUGCUGA